CUUCCUGCCAGCGGCCGGAAGGGCGGGCUGAGAAGCAUCUGUGGCGCUCGCUCGGUUGUGCCGCGGGGACUCCGGGCCCUUGUUCCUGCCGCUGACUGCUCGGCUCGCGCUGCGCGUCCUUCCUCCGCGCGGAAGUGAUGGGGGACGCCAAGGAUGCCGGAGCCGAGGCUCCGCCGGCCACCGUGGCUGCCCGAGGUGGGCUCAGCCUCCUGUCCCAGGCGGAGUCUGAGGAGCCUCCUGCACAGGGAUCAGGUUUGUUUCUCGGAGGCAGUGAAGUGAAGAGCCGAGCUGUGGUGAAGUGCUCUUCUGCCCCUCCUCGAGCAGCUUUCGCCCGACUCGAGGAGAAAACAGACUUGAAACUCCCACCUGCCAACUGGUUACGGGAGAGUGCCAAACUGGGGCCAGCGGGAACGACCAUUCUUGGUAACAGUAAGAAAAGCAAGCCAUUUUCAAGUUUUGGCAUGGCGUACGACUUCAUUGACUCAGUGGGAAAUGAUGUGGAUGUUGUUUCUGACUCGGAAAACAUAAAAAAGCUCCUGAAGAUUCCCUACAGCAAGUCCCACGUCAGCAUGGCUGUGCACCGCAUAGGAAGGACCCUCUUACUGGAUGAGCUGGACAUCCAAGAACUCUUCAUGAGGUCCUCACAGACUGGUGAUUGGACAUGGUUGAAAGAGUUCUAUCAAAGACUGAUUGAUCAGAAGUGGCAGCGGAAGAAAAAAAGCAAAGAGCACUGGUAUCAGAAGGCCAUUCUUUCUAAGUUCUUGUAUUACAGCAUCAAUGGUGAUGGAGCUGCUCAGCCUGUGCCAUCUGAUGCAGAGCAGCAGGAGCCAUCCAGUUCUGACCAGACUCCUGAUUCUGAAGGAGCUGCAUGGCCUGCUCCCUUUGAAAUGCCUUCUUCAGUUUCUGAGGACCCCAGUGCUUCUAGUCAGGGCAGUGAGCCUCUUGAGCCCUCAUGCCUAGUGGGGCAUGUGGCCUCAGCACCCAAAGAGCAAAACCUGACCACUUUAUUCAAUGACGGGGAGAACAGUCAGGGCCUUAAAAAUGAUUUUGUUCGGAAUAUUCUGUGGACUUUUGAAGAUAUCCAUAUGUUGGUUGGCUCUAACAUGCCUAUAUUUGGUGGAGGCAGAUACCCAGCAGUCAGCCUGCGUCUCAGGGAUAAUAACAAACCAAUAAAUGUGCUAACUGGGAUCGACUAUUGGUUGGAUAACUUGAUAUGCAAUGUUCCAGAGCUCGUGAUGUGUUUUCAUGUAAAUGGAAUUGUGCAGAAAUACGAAAUGAUAAAGACGGAAGAAAUUCCCAAUUUAGAGAACUCGAAUUUUUCUACUAAAGUCAUAAAAGACAUCGCACAAAAUAUUUUGUCAUUUCUGAAAUCUAAUUGCACUAAAGAAGGUCAUACCUACUGGCUCUUUAAAGCAAGCGGCAGUGACAUAGUGAAGCUCUAUGAUCUCACCACUCUCUGUGAAGAAACUGAGGACAAAUACCAGAACCCGUUCACGAUGCCAGUGGCCGUCCUCUUGUACAAGGUUGCUUGUAACAUGAUGAUGAAGAAGAAUCAAAAUAGGAAACAUUAUGGGACUAUUAGAACAUUGCUGCUUAAUUGUGUUAAGUUGCUGGACAAAAGCAGACAUCCUCAAAUUAUUGCUUCAGCCAAUUACAUGCUUUCAGAGCUUUUCCAAUUGGAUGAGCCUAAAAAAGAAGGAGGUUCAGACUCUCCCUUAAAUGAGAAUUCUGACGAGAGCUACAGUGAGGAGGAAGAGGAGAUGCCCGACAGCGAUGAAAACGGCUCCUACAGCACCAGCUCUGAUCCGUCGGACGACAACAAAGCGGUGGCUAUAAUUAAGUCUGUUGGAGAAUUGUCGGUGCCUGAAAAAUACAAAUCUAUCCACCAAAUCAGACCCAGUUGUGCAUUUCCAGUUUGCCAUGACACAGAAGAGCGCUGCAGACUCGUGCUCAGCUAUGUUCUGGAGGGUUUAAAAUCUGUAGAUAGCAGCAUCAAAAAAGAAAGUGACCUUCCAGCGGCCGAUCCCAGCACCCCUAUCCCCCUAAAAUAUGAAGAUGAAUCCACGAGAGGAGGUCCCGAGGGCCUAGAGAAGCAGAUGGCCUUAUUUCUAGACAAAAUGGGCUCCCUUCAGAAGGGCAGUUGUUCGAGUCAGUCUGGGAUGAUCCCUGGUUCUUGGCAACAUAAGAUGAAACUUCAACUGAUUCUCAAGUCAUCGAAGGCCUACUAUAUUCUGUCUGAUGCUGCCAUGAGUCUUCAGAAAUAUGGAAGAGCCUUGCGAUACAUUAAGCUAGCUCUGCAGAGCCACGAUACUUAUUGCUGCCUCUGCACCAAUAUGCUUUCUGAAGUGCUGCUGUUUCUUUCUCAAUAUUUGACCCUCUGCGGUGACAUCCAACUAAUGCUGGCACAGAAUGCAAAUAAUAGAGCAGCACACCUAGAAGAGUUUAAUUACCAAACGAAAGAAGACCAGGAAAUCCUCCACAGUCUCCACAGAGAGUCCAGCUGUCAGGGGUUUGCAUGGGCAACUGAUUUGUCUACAGACUUAGAAAGCCAACUUUCAGUCAGUUGUAAAUGCUACGAGGCUGCUAAUGAAAUCUUGCAAUUUAGUGACUUAAAAAGUCAGAACCCAGAGCACUAUGUCCAAGUGUUGAAGAGAAUGGGGAACGUUAGAAAUGAAAUCGGGGUGUUCUACAUGAAUCAGGCUGCCGCAUUGCAGGGUGAGAGAGCAGUGAGCAAAUCUGUGUCUGCCGCAGAGCAACAAUUGUGGAAAAAAAGCUUUUCUUGUUUUGAAAAGGGAAUUCACAACUUUGAGUCGAUUGAUGAUGCUACAAAUGCUGCCCUUCUGCUGUGCAACACGGGAAGACUCAUGAGGAUCUGUGCACAGGCACACUGUGGUGCGGAGGAUGAAUUUAAACGUGAAUUCUCACCAGAAGAGGGCUUGUAUUACAACAAGGCUGUAGAUUACUAUUUGAAAGCGCUGAGGUCAUUGGGCACUCGAGACAUACACCCAGUUGUUUGGGAUUCAGUGAACUGGGAACUGUCCACUACUUACUUCACCAUGGCAACUCUACAACAAGAUUAUGCUCCAUUGUCCAGAAAAGCUCAGGAGCAGAUUGAAAAAGAAGUCAGUGAGGCCAUGAUGAAGUCCCUGAAGCACUGCGACAUUGACUCCGUGUCUGCUCGGCAGCCCCUUUGUCAGUACCGCGCUGCCACCAUCCACCACAGGCUGGCUUCCAUGUACCAUAGCUGUCUGAGGAAUCAGGUUGGGGAUGAGCAUCUGAGGAAGCAACACCGGGUGCUGGCAGACCUUCAUUACAGCAAAGCUGCAAAGCUGUUUCAGCUUCUCAAAGACGCUCCCUGUGAACUGCUUAGAGUGCAGUUAGAAAGAGUAGCGUUUGCGGAGUUUCAGAUGACCAGUCAGAAUAGCAAUGUUGGAAAGUUAAAAACAUUAUCUGGGGCACUUGAUAUCAUGGUAAGAACUGAGCAUGCAUUCCAGCUCAUUCGGAAGGAGCUCAUGGAGGAAUGUGACCAGCCCAAGGGUGGUGAGGCGGCUCCCGCUGCAGAUUCUUCACCUAAUCUGAAUCGAGAGGAAGUCAUCAAACUCCUCAGUAUAUUUGAAUCUCGUCUGUCAUUCCUUCUCCUGCAAUCCAUCAGACUGUUGUCGUCAUCUAAAAAGAAAUCAAGAUUCCUUCUUGCCGAAAUCAACCAGUCUGAUCUGCGCAGUCUCCGUCGUGUCUUCAGUCUCUUACCAUGUUACUGUGGUCAUUCACAAUCCCCUGUAAGAGUUCUGCUGUUGUCAUUUCAUCUCAGUCUGGCCCGGUGCUGUUGAAAUCUGGACAUCUCUUAGGACACUGGAGGCUGGUUUGGUUUGUCUGCCUUUCACCUGCCAGGUGUCCAUUGGACUUUAUUUUUGUAACUUGACUUGAGCUUUGGUUGAGAAUUUUUUGUUGCCGUGGCUGUCUUCCAUAUAUCACAGCAUCCAAGUUCUAACAAUAAAGUAGAUGCCAGUAACAACCGUUUCACUCUCUGAGGUUUUAGUUAGCUGUGGUCCACUGUAAUCCGGAAUAUUAAAUGGAAAAUCCCAGACAUAAACCGUAUACAUUUUGUGUGCCAUUCUGUGUAGCAUGUUGAAAUCCAUGCUGGUCACCCAGGAUCUGCCUCACUGCUUUGUCCAGCAUUUCCAUAUACACUCUACCCAUCAGUCACUUAGCCUUCUUGGUGAUCAGGCCACUCCUGCAGCAUCAGCACCCUAUACAGUGUAGCCCUUAUUUCACUUUAAAAUGGCCCCAGAUCACAAGCGUGUGGUGAUGCUGGCAAUUUGAAUAUGCCAACUUUAAGUGAAAAAGGUGAAAGUUCUCAAUAAAGAAGAAAAUGCUGAGGGUUGGUAAGGUCUGUGAUAGUGCUAAUUACGUACUGUGUCUGAUUUACAAACAGUUUUGUCACAUGUAUGUAUAGAUAGGGGUCAGUUUUACCUAGUUUCAAGCAUCCACUUGUGAGUAUCAGAAAAUCUCUCCCUGGGAUAAAAUAAGGUGGGAUGACUGUACCUUGCACUAGGGUGAGGCUGGUCUGUGGAAGGAGCUUUGCCUUCUCCGUUCAUACUGCACCUUGGAGAGACUGUCUCUGCACACCCACAGAGUUAGCCAUGUUCCGGUGUACAUGCUCCUUGUAAUUUUUAGCCUGUUUGGGAGAGGAGGACCAAGUUGGUCAGGAGUUCUUAGCAGUUUGGGCGUACCUCAGUCUUAGACUUACUUGCUUUUGAGUAGCUUAAGGGAGAGGUUUUAGUUGAAGGAAGUCUCAGUCUCAGGGACACUGCAUUUCAUUCAGUCUAGUUGUUGAUCCUUGGGCCCUUCAGGCACUCAGCAAGGUGUGCUAAUGUGUUCAUUACAGUUUAGCACAUACACGCAUCUUUGUGGAGAAUCAGAAGGCAAAGUAGGUAGUGUGUGUCAUAGCACUCACUGUUGAGAAGGAACUUGUGGCUUUCCUGGCUUCACUGCUAGCUGCAGUUAACAUGUGUCCACAAGAUGGCAUUGUGCAUAUGAUUCUGUGAGAAGCACCGUAAUCUGUUGAUUUUCACAAAACAGUGGUUUAAAUAACUGGUUGACAGAUAAUAGCUUUAGACUUUUGAUAUGCUUUAUAAUCACAGUACUACUAUGUGUGACCUAAGUAAUGUCUGCUUUCAGUUCAGGUUAUUAAUACUCUGUUGUAACCUAAAGUCCCUGUGAGCUAAUUUGUGUUUUCAGGUUUAUCGAGCAAAAGAAGCAUGAUACUGUGGCAGCCUUUGAAGCAGAGUGUGUUGGUUACUAAGUCGUGACUGACUUCUCUUUUACUCAUGUGCAGAUGAAAACAUCUAGAAUGUUCUUACUGAGGAAAACAUCCUUUGCAGGCUUAGUUAUCUCCCUGUGAAGUAAUGCAUUCCCUUUGAGAGUAGAGGGAUGUCAAAAUGUGACCUUAACGAAGGGAAGCAGUAAGUGUAGUGUUUCUCCCCUUCACCCUGAGACACAUUAAGAAGUGGGCUUAAUAAUUGAAAGUAUCAAAUUUACUUAGGUUUCUAUAUAAUUGUAGUGAACGCUAAGAAAGCUAAGAGUUACUUAAUUUUCUCACUGAAAAUUUAUUUUUCAGAUUGUGUGUGUAUGGUAUUGCACUAUUAUACAAAAUGCUAAUUUUGAUUAUUAGGUUCCCAAGGAUUGAUUUCCUCUUUGGAUUAAGAAUUGAUCUCUUGUAUUUCAGUGUUUACAGCUGAAGCAGAGUGUGAGGUCUGACAUUUUGGUGGCUUUGGUAUUUGAGAUUUUAAAAACUAUGAAAAACAAAGUCUGAGGCGUCAUAAAGCUUUCCCCCCAGUGCAGAGAACAGAAUGACUUCUUGGACUGUUCUCAGUGAAAUGUGCACAUUGAGUAUUUAGUGGAGUGAAACGGGGAAAGGAUAAGUUAGCUAAUGACCUUAAAGAAGAGGGAUAAAGAGCCCUGUGCCCCGAUGGAGUCCUGUGAGAGAUAGUUUCAUGGCACUGGUGAGGACAGAUGGAGGAAGGGAGAACUUUGUGGAAGCUGAGUCAGGAGUCUGGGUGAGGUCCUGGGUGGGUGGAUUGUGUUCUAUAGCUCAUGCCUGGCUGGUGGUUUGUGUGUGUGCCUCUAUACACUGAGGAUUUAGGCCAGGCUCAUGUGAGUAGAGGAAUUGUUACCCAGCUUCUCUGUGUCCUCACCAGCCUCCACUUGUGCUCUAUCCUCUGCCACCGUUUUAUAGUGGUCAGUGUGUUCUCCCAGUGCCCCUCAUUCUUGGUCCUGCCACAAGGCAGGGAGUUUUUGUUUGAUUCACUGCCAAGAGCAGUUCUGGUCUAUGGCAAGCUUGUGUAUAUACCUGGGUCCUUACUGGCAUGUUGACGUAAACAUCUUACACCCUGAACUACCAGUGUAAGAAGCUAGGCAUGAAGAGGCAUGGACAGUGCCAGCAGCUCUGAAAGUGGCUGUGCAUUUCUGCCCUCUCCUGCCCUUCACCUGUCUGUUUUUAACCAGCAGUAACAUUGAAGAAGAUGCCAUCCUCAGAACCAACAAACAGAUUUACUCCCAGCUUUUGAGAGCCUCGGCCAACAAAAGCACAGCUCUUGUGGAGAGAGUUGGUGUCAUCGUCCGUGUGCUGCAGCAGCUCGCACAUGGGCGCAGUGGAGCAGGUGGCAGUGGUGUUCAGUGACCUACUGAGUUGCAGCCACAGACUUGCUGCUAGUGCCUUCCCAACCUGGAGCCAUUCUGUCCACUUGGUGCUGCACCACAUUAAAAAGUGAGGAAAUGCCAUUUAAAUGGGCCCACAAUGGAGACCGUCAUUUCCGUAGCAGCAGAGGACACAGGUGCUUUGGCUGCUUCUUGGAAGGAUGAACAACAGAAUGGACCGAAAGCUCCCCUCACUUACUUCCUUGGGAAGUACGUAGUACGUCACCGUUGACACGUUCAGUGAAUACGACAUUUUCAAAUAGCUCUGAAGUGUUAAGCUAUUGGGUAGAAGAUGAGAUUACUUUGGAUAAAAUGUAACUUUGGUCAAGAGAACUUUUAUCCAGAUGAUUUUACGGGUUCAAAUGGGUUGCAGGAACUCCCUGUACAUUAGUGCUUCCUU